AAGCAUGUAACAAUUAUCAUUCGUAUACUUAAUAUUGAAUAGUCUAAAAUACGUAGUGCUGUUAGGUUAGAAUGUUGAUGAAUAUUGAAACUGUAGUAACGUUGUUUUUGAUAUUUGGAUUUAAUGCAACUGCUGGAACGGACUGUCUCAACAACUGGACCGCUCAUGGUAACUCAUGUUACUUGUUUGGCCACCAAAGUCUCCCAUUCUACACGGCUGAGCAUUAUUGUCGCCAACAUAAUGGACACUUGGUGCAUAUCAAUGGAAAAGAAGAAAAUGUUUUCAUAAGAGAACAUCUAAGGUAUAUGAAAGGAAUUCGCUGGUGGAUUGGACUUACUGACGAUGACGUUGAGGGUACAUGGAUGUGGUACGACACGAACGAAGAGGCCAUGUAUACAGACUGGACACCUGGACAACCAACCAAUUCUGGCAAUAAUGAAGAUUGUGUUGAAUUUGAUAUGACAGCUGGUUACGAUGGUCAUUGGAAUGAUGCCCCGUGUGACAUGCAUCUUCUACCGAUAUGUGAACGUUCUUCCGGCAAUAUCGAUAUCGUUGGAUAGAUGUGGAUCAGUUCAUAAUAAAAUCAUUUUACCCAUAAUGCUCUGAUUUUAUUUCUAGUAUCCA